UCCCUUCAAGAACAAGGAAUCUGUCGCGUCUGUGCGGCAAAUACUCGACGGAAAGAGAGCACUCAAGGAGUUCGAGAAAGCCUCCCUGGCAAACCUCACGCCCAAGGAAGAGGGAGAAGCCAAGUAUCUUGUGCAAAGCUUGGGACGUGUUAAAGGGGACGAACUUACCAAUCUGCUAGACGAGGUCAAUGUAUUCCAAUCUCAGAUGUAA